UUAGGGUUUAAAUAAGUCAUUCACGUUAAUAAAACCAAGCAGCAUACGGUUUUAAGCCUUAGCCGUCUUUGCUCCUCUUUGAAUCGUUUUGCCCCUUUCUUUGCCCUAAUUUCAACCAUGCCUCGCCGUAGCUCCGGUGGAAGAUCUGCCCGUCCUGCUCCUCGAGCAGCACCAGCUCGUCCUGCUCCUCAACCAGUCCACCAUGCUCCUCCUCCAGCUCCUGUUCAAAGUGGUGGUGGAUCUAUGCUUGGUGGCAUUGGUUCAACAAUAGCUCAAGGUAUGGCUUUUGGCACUGGAAGUGCAGUGGCACACAGGGCUGUUGAUGCAAUAAUGGGUCCACGCACCAUUCAACAUGAAACAGUUGUCAGUGAGGCUGCUGCUGCUGCCCCUGCACCCACUGCAAAUGCUUUUGGUGGUGAUGCAUGCAAUGUUCAUACAAAGUCAUUCCAGGAUUGUUUGAACAGCUAUGGGAAUGACAUUAGCAAGUGCCAGUUUUACAUGGAUAUGCUUGCAGAAUGCAGAAAGAACUCUGGAGCUUCAUUGAGUGCGUGAUUACCACAUGCCUGUUUUGGAGUUUGCAUUGAUGCACUGUCUCUCCUAUGGUUAGAACUGUUUAUGUGGCGAAGAAUUGCAUUUUUAAUAAAAUACCAUUUGUCUGGAGAUGCAUACAAACUGAUAUAAAAUCAGUAUUGGGAUCGGGCCUUUAUUAUUUGAUACUUUAUUUGAUACUUAUAAUUGGUUGCGUAUUUUGUCUGAAUAUUCCGGCUGCUUGGAUUA